AUGUACAGAUGGUAUCGAAACUCCCAUUUCUGUAUUGUCUAUCUUAGUGCCAGCCGCGAUGGCCGCAUAGACAAUGACCCUUGGUUCAAGAGGGGUUGGACGUUACAAGAAUUGCUAGCGCCGAGACAGCUCAAAUUCUUCUACGAAGACUGGUCAAAACUCUAUUUUCAUCGACAAUACGACAUUGUGCGACCAAGACGAGUCACUCUCGAUGAUACUUCUUCAGAGGUUUCUGCACGCAAAGGAAGUUACUAUGAUGAAGACACCGCUUCUGACGGAGAGGAUGAAGAGGAGGACGAAGAAACAGUGGCUGGUAGCUCGGACCUUGAUGAUGACUUCGAUGAUUAUGAAGCGGAUGACACCCCUCCGCUACGCAGGAAAAAUAUGUCAAUAUCGGAGAAACUCACUCCCAACGCCCAACAGAUUGAAUACAAUUUCAUGGAAGACUAUGACCCUAGCCCUGCGAAUGCCUGGGAUGUUUUUCGAUGGCUUUCCAAGAGAACCACCUCACGGCCAGAAGAUCUGUCUUACUGCCUUCUUGUCUUGUUAGAUAUCCAGAUCCCCAUUGCGUAUGGUGAAGGCGAAGAACGUGCGUUCUAUAGGGUCCAAGUCGAGUGCUCCCAUCAUGUUGAAGAUCGGAGCUUGUUUCUCUGGAACGGCAGUCGUUCUCGGUGGAAUUCAAUGUUCGCGGAUGACCCUUCCGCCUUCCAAGACUCCGAGAUGGAGUAUCCAGGGAAGCCGUGGACGUUGUCGUCCAAUUGUCUUUUCGAUUCGCAUCCCACGAGAACUCUAGACCCUUCGUUCAGCUUAACGAACUGCGGUCUGCGCAUCAUGGUGGUUCUCCAUCCUGUCGAGUUCGUCCAUGUUUCCACAUAUCCGGCGAAGCACGAGAAGCACGAGUAUGUGCUCACUAUCUUCAAGACGGGUGAUACUAAGGUGACUUUGCGCUGGCAAGGCAAGUCCCCCGCGUCAUCCAAAGUCACGGCGAGAUGGAAGGUUGCGGUUGUUGGGCCAGCAAAUAUGCCCCCUUCGCGAUCUUACGACGGGAAGGCGCAUCGAAACCUCCUCGAUACUUUGGACUUUCGUCCGCGGUAUUUAUAUCGAUCCCUGAUCUGA